GCUCCACGGCCCCGGCUCUGCGCAGCGCGGCUCGGCUCGGCUGCACCGCCACAGCCCGCGCGGCUGGGCCGGCCGGGGCCAUGAGGGCCGGCUCGUGGGUGCUGCUGGCGCUGCUCCUUCCCGUCCGGGGCUCGGUGGCAGCGGCACACAAUGGGGAUCUUACAGUUAGACCCACAUGCAAGCCUGGCUUUUCAGAAGAAGACUACACAGCAUUCGUCUCCCAAAGCAUCAUGGAAGGGCAGAAGUUACUCAAAGUAAAAUUUAAUAACUGUGCUGGUAACAAGGGAGUUCAGUAUGAAACCAACAGCCUGGACUUCAAGGUGAGGGCGGAUGGGACCAUGUAUGCUGCCCACCAGGUGCAAAUGCCCUUGAAGCAGCGGAUCCUGAUGGUGACCGCAUGGGAUCCACAGACCCUGGGCAGAUGGGAUGCGAUUGUCAGGCUUCUGGUGGCAGAGAAGUCACAGCACAAUGGACACAAGCCAAAAGGAAGGAAGACCAUGCCUGGAGAACCAGCGCAGCAGCAAAGCGACACUCUGCUCCCCUGGCGCCAGCAUCAGAGCUCGAAUGGCCUGCGGCGGCAGAAGCGAGACUGGGUCAUCCCACCCAUCAAUGUGCCGGAGAACUCCAGGGGACCCUUCCCGCAGCAGCUGGUUCGGAUUCGUUCCGAUAAGGACAAAGAGAUCCAUAUCAGAUACAGCAUCACUGGAGUGGGAGCCGACCAGCCACCAAUGGAAGUCUUCAGCAUUGACCCUGUGUCUGGCAGGAUGUAUGUGACUCGCCCGAUGGACAGAGAAGAAAGAGCUUCCUACCAUCUCCGGGCUCAUGCGGUGGAUAUGAAUGGAAACAAGGUGGAGAAUCCUAUUGACCUGUACAUCUAUGUGAUUGAUAUGAAUGACAACAGACCAGAGUUUAUAAACCAAGUCUAUAAUGGAUCUGUUGAUGAAGGCUCUAAACCAGGUACCUACGUGAUGACGGUGACAGCAAAUGAUGCAGAUGACAGUACUACAGCAAACGGGAUGGUGAGGUACCGCAUUGUGACGCAGACCCCACAGAGCCCAUCGCAAAAUAUGUUUACAAUUAACAGCGAGACGGGAGACAUUGUCACUGUGGCUGCUGGGCUUGACAGAGAGAAAGUUCAGCAGUAUAUAGUCAUUGUUCAAGCCACAGAUAUGGAAGGAAAUCUUAACUACGGUCUCUCAAACACGGCAACAGCAAUCAUUACAGUGACAGAUGUGAAUGACAACCCACCCGAAUUCACUACAAGCACUUAUUCAGGAGAAGUUCCUGAGAACAGAGUGGAGGUGGUGGUGGCAAAUCUGACAGUGAUGGACCGGGACCAGCCUCACUCCCCCAACUGGAAUGCCAUCUACCGCAUCAUCAGCGGAGACCCCUCGGGCCAUUUCACUAUCCGGACAGACCCAGUCACCAACGAAGGCAUGGUAACCGUUGUGAAGGCAGUCGAUUACGAGAUGAACAGAGCUUUCAUGCUGACAGUGAUGGUAUCAAACCAAGCUCCCCUGGCCAGUGGCAUCCAGAUGUCCUUCCAGUCGACCGCAGGAGUCACCAUUUCAGUCACAGAUGUCAACGAAGCACCGUAUUUCCCAACGAACCACAAGCUGAUCAGGCUGGAGGAGGGGGUGCCUACAGGGACGGUCCUGACAACGUUUUCAGCAGUGGAUCCUGAUCGCUUCAUGCAGCAGGCAGUAAGAUACUCUAAGCUGUCAGAUCCUGCAAACUGGCUGAACAUUAAUGCCACAAAUGGUCAGAUCACUACUGCUGCUGUCCUUGAUCGAGAGUCAGACUACAUUAAGAAUAAUGUCUACGAGGCCACAUUCUUGGCGGCUGACAACGGUAUACCCCCCGCAAGCGGCACUGGCACUCUGCAGAUCUACCUAAUCGACAUCAACGAUAAUGCUCCUGAGCUCCUGCCAAAAGAGGCACAGAUCUGUGAAAAGCCAAACCUGAAUGUCAUCAACAUAACAGCCGCGGAUGCUGACAUCGAUCCAAACGUCGGGCCCUUUGUCUUCGAGCUGCCAAGUGUGCCAUCUGCGGUGAGGAAGAACUGGACCAUAACACGGCUGAAUGGCGAUUACGCCCAGCUCAGUUUACGAAUCACAUACCUGGAAGCAGGUGUGUAUGACGUGCCAAUCAUUGUGACGGACUCGGGAAACCCCCCCUUGUACAACACGUCCAUCAUCAAAGUGAAGGUGUGCCCGUGCGACGAGAACGGUGACUGCACCACCAUUGGGGCGGUGGCUGCAGCAGGGCUGGGCACAGGUGCCAUCAUUGCCAUCUUGAUCUGCAUCAUUAUUUUACUCACCAUGGUUCUGCUGUUCGUGGUGUGGAUGAAGCGCCGGGAGAAGGAGCGCCACACCAAGCAGCUCCUGAUUGACCCCGAGGACGAUGUCAGGGACAAUAUCCUGAAGUACGAUGAAGAAGGAGGUGGAGAGGAAGACCAGGAUUAUGAUUUAAGCCAGCUCCAGCAGCCAGAGACCAUGGAUCAUGUUCUGAACAAGACACCUGGAGUCAGAAGGGUGGAUGAAAGACCUAUUGGUGCUGAACCGCAGUAUCCUAUAAGACCAGUAAUCCCACAUCCAGGGGAUAUUGGUGACUUUAUUAAUGAGGGUCUGCGUGCGGCUGACAAUGACCCCACAGCACCUCCUUAUGAUUCCCUGCUGGUGUUUGACUACGAGGGCAGUGGCUCCACUGCCGGCUCCGUCAGCUCCCUGAACUCCUCUAGCUCCGGGGACCAGGACUACGACUACCUUAACGACUGGGGGCCCAGGUUCAAGAAACUGGCGGACAUGUACGGGGGAGGCGAGGAAGAUUAAACUGACCUCACGUUAUUUAAAAACAAAUAUAAGAAGAAGACAGAAAAGAAUAUUAAGAAAAAAAACAGAAAAAAACAUAGAAAAAACAAACCCACAGACGACAACGUUAACAAAAAGAGCCGAUGCAGAAGCAAGAACUGUACAGAUGUGGCAGCUUUUUUAAUUAAUAUCCCCUGCUGACUGUGUUGUUAUUUUUAGUGGUGACAUAGGAGGUUUCUUUUCUUUUUUUCCCCUUUUUUUUUUUUUCCUUUCCAAUGUUAUUUUUUAGAAUAUUGAGCUGUCUCGCAUGAACACUUGUCUCUGCUGCAGGUUUUUUUUGUUCUUUUGGUUUGGUUUUUUAAUGUCAGCUGGGAUAUUGCUCGUUUACCUGCUUUAUGACUAAAGAGAGUGAAAGGCACUCUGUCUUAACUUGAAUUUCUUAGAACAGAAGCACUGUUUUUAAAAUAUAUAUAUAUAUAUAUAUAUUUGAAAGUGCCUUUUGGUGCAUGUAUCAGAUUCCCUUCAAUCUCAGGAGUGACGAAAACAAACAUACAACCAUCCUGGGCAGCACUCCCUGUGACCUUAAGCCAGUUCUAGCUGGGAAGGAUUUAACAAAAAGGAACUCUGGAGAUUGUUUUUUGUUUUUGUUUUUGUUCCUUUUUUUUUUCUUUUUUUUUUCUUUUUUUGCCUCUUUUUUGGAGGGGGUGACUCGUUCUGGGUGGAAACGGAUGGGGGGUUCGGGGAGGGGGAAGAUGUUUUGAGUCAAAACCUGAACAGCCAUCUUUAAGCCUCAGCAGGUGGUGAACUAGUCAUCAUGUUGUAUAUAAUUCAGUGUUAUCAGAUGCAAAAUACCGACUGGGGGCUCUGUCGUCACCUGGUCACACUCAAUGUAGCUGCAUAGAACUAUAGCGUUGAUAAAGCCUUUGGUUAUUGCAACAGAAAUUUCCGACAGCCCUUGCCUAAACCCUACAAAGUAAAUCAUGACAUGACCAAAGGCCCAGUUGUUUGUUUUUAUGCUAUCGGUGUGUGUUGGCUCCCAUGACCUCUGGAGUGAUGUAAAUACCAGCUGGGUUAGGUGGUGGUGUCCUGCAACCCCAGGGAUUCCUGCUAGCAGGAAAGCCAACGCUGUUUUCCUGGUGGAAGCAGGGGUUUGUGCAGUGGCUCUGCUCGAGGCUGAGGCAGCGCAAAGGGCAGGAGCAGUUUAUCAGCACUUUUGCCAUCCGUAAGUAUGAAGUUAGUCUAGUAUAAGAUUAAUGCCUUGGAGCAUUAGUAGCCAAAGCUCAAGAAUCUCGUGUAACUCAGCUAAUGUGUGUCCUUUCUAUUCGAUGGGUAGGCGCUGCUAUCUGUAGUAAAUGUGUUUUUUUGGAGGAGAAGUGCAACGAGGGCCUAUUAAGUACCUUGUGGUUAAUAUGCUCAAGCAUUGCCAAGUAAGCAAGAGGUUUUGCAGCAUCCAGGCAUAAUUCAACAUCAGUAUUAUAAAUGGUAGCAUACUACCUAGUUUAUAUGUAGGGUCAGUUUAACCAAUAACGAAUAGUUAUUAGCUUUUUUAUUACAUUUUUCCUUUACUGAUUUGGACUAGUGGGUUUAUGUCUAAUGUUUGUAAAAUGAUUUAGACUGCAUGGAUGUGUAAUAUAAACCACAUUUAAUGGAUUAUGAGCCACUUAAUUAAUGUGCUAUGAAAUCUUGGAUUACCUGUGUUUUAUAUUCUGCAGACGAUUUUGCAGUGGGUUCGCUAAAACUUGUAAAAGUGCUUAGAUAUAUUUUCAUUUAAAUCCAAGAAUGUGCACAAUAUUGGAAGGUGAUUAUCCAGGGGAUAAUCAUGCUUUUUUUGAUAUCUCUAUUAAUUCUCAAGUUGAAUGCUAAGAGUUUAAAGGGGGGUGGGAGGGAAGUGAGAAUGAGAGGACGAGAGCUUGCCGUGAUGAGUGGACGUCGUUUCAGAGGGUAUACUAGGCUGCAAGAUCGUCUCUAUAGAUUUUUGAAAUGCUCCUGGUGCAUUUUAUAUUUCAUUGUAUCAUAUUUUCUAUAAAAUGCAAUUUCUGUAAAUUAAUGAGCAUUUGAAAUGUGUCUUGUAUGAAGUGGAAUGUGGUAAAAGUCUGCCCGAGGCGACUCCAACGUUACCGGUAUGUAAAUAACUACCAAGGAUGCGAUCCUUCUUUUUGUCCUGGUCAGUCAGUCAAUGGGACAGUUUGUCCUUUCAGAACUCUCUCAUCCAAGUUCUUGAGGAAGCAGGAGGUGAUGGCUUGGGCCUCAGGAGAGGGAUGGCGCUGAUGGCAGCAGCAAGGCAAGGAUAUUGUGCCACACAGCACGUGCCUCAGCCAGGAUGAAGUGCAGUGCCUGGUAAACUGCCGGCACCUGAUGCUUUCCCAAAUUCCUGUUCCAUAGUUGAGAACUCAGUUGCUUGUGUGACCAUUAUGAAAGUCUUAGUUUGCUUCUGCCACGUUCUGUCCACCUCCUCCUGGCCACCCUCAGCAAACUUCACAGCCCUUGUCCUCAGCCGGCUGGCGUGGGUGGGCUGCAUUGCCUUGAGCCACUGCUGUCUACCUACGGGCAGGCUUGAUUCUUCCCCUUUCUUUCCGAAAAGCCACAGGCUGGAGUAUUUCACCAUCUGGGCUUUGCACCCCCACAGAAGCUGCCCGGUCACAGCAGACGUAGUGAAUAAUAAAAACGCACUUAGUGUUUCUUGCUGAUGACUACCCGCCAGUGUUUUGUGUCCAUCACCAUAACCUCAUCUCCAGCUCAAGAGAAGGACCCGGAUCGAGGGCUGGGGUGAUGCUGAUGGUUCUCCAUCCAUUGGGUUGCUGCUGCUGCCUGCCAGCUCCACGUGGCUCCUAGGAUGCUCAUGUGGCUCCCAUGAUGCCAGCUGGGUCUCUGCUGCAAGCCAAGCUGUGCUAUCUACCUGAUACCAUUUACCCAAGAGCAGUAGCAAAGUCCCUGCUCCAGAGCAUUUGGUGCCUGCUCUCUGCUGCAGCUUUGGCUGAGGUGAUGGAUUUCAGGUAGGGAAGGGAACGGCAGCAGUAUGGGAUGGCUGCUGUGGGGCUGGAGGCUGGAGGGGCCGGUCAGCAUCGCCCCGCUGUCACCCACGGGGAUGUGCCAUGCAGUGACAGGAACCACUUGGCCAUGAAGGAGACAUCAGACAUCAGCUUGUGUAAACAUUUUGGGCUUUUAAGAAUAUUUAUACAACUUAAGUCAAACAAAACGGAUUGAGUGACUAAAAAUAAAUCAACCCAUUUCAAUUUUUUUUAAAUCAGCAGAUAUUUUUUCUGCAGCAUUUGCAAUACAGCCAUUCUAACUCCACAAGCCCAUAAAUCAAACCAACUAGUUUAUUGUCUUUUGAGCCAGUUCUGCUCAGUCUCCCUCUGCAGGACCUCCUCCUCCUCUUCCUCUCCCUUGUCCUCCUCCUCCUCCCUCCAUCACUUAGCUUUACAACCCCACAAGUAAACAGCAGCAUCAGACCCCUUUCUUCACAGUGGGAACAGCAGAAGGUAAGCGAGGAGCACAUCAAGCAAUGACAAUAGAUCACUGCUUGCAAAUAUUUUUGCUUGUUAAUACUAAUUAUUAUUAUUAUUAUAAUCCAGCUAAGAAAAUUUACAUUAAUCCAAGGGACCCUAUUGAAAAGGUGACUGUGUCAGUGCUGUCCCCCCACUCUGAUCCUCAUUUGCCAUUGCCAUUCACCGCUGGAGGUGACAGUGGCUUACAAGGAGCCAGGCUGGGGAAACGGCAGCUCUGAAGGUACAAUUCAGGCCACGGAAGUGGUUAAUGCAUUGAGACCAGAAUGCUUGCUCUCCAACUAAUCUAAACUAAAGCAUUAAAAAUUAAAGAAGCUGUGCCCUCACAUGCAAGUCCCCACUCUGCACACCAUGCAGUGGUGGGGAAGGACUUGAUUUCAGGCAGGUGGAAGGGAGCCCAUUCCCAAAAUGCCACUGUCACCGCCAUAGCCCAUAGCAGUGCCAGGGGACACCACAAGAGCUCUCUAUGCUAAGGGAUGGGGACAGUGAACUGCCAGGGCGUUGAGGCACACUGGACACCUCCUAGGCGUGAAAACUGCACAUCAGCAAGCCAAGGACCACUCAGGUCCAGUGCUGGCAGAGAUUGGCCCACACCUUGGUGCAGCCUAUUUGUUAUGUAGCCUGUAAACAGGGAAAAGCAUCAGUGAUGGAAAUGCUUUGCAAGGCAAAGAGGAUACUCAGCAGGUAAUUAAUGACAGUGAAUCACAGUGAAACAGGCAAAUCUGUUGUAGGUGUCCUAUGUGCUAGUCAUAGUUUGGCUUCUGGGUUUGCAUUUUUCCAUAUUUUAUAUUUAUUUCCUUUCGUGUUGGACCAGGCAAUGCUAUUGGUGGAUGUAAGGUGCUGGUUGGGAGUUCACUCACCUGCAGCUGAGCCACUUUGAGCCUCUCUCAUAUUGGUUUUAGGGGUAGUUGUGUCCAAAUCCAGCCUCCAGGAAUAAUUGGGACUCUAGGAAAUGGCUGUAUCAUCUGCAACUGCUUUGCAUAGGGUAGAUGGUCAGGAAUUGGAGAACAGCACUGGUCAGUGCAGGGUCUGUACAACGCAAUAUGCCAAGAUUGCAACUUCGUUUAGUCUCAGAAAAAAACAAAGGUAAAAUAUGGGACUUUUAUUGUGAUGUCUUGGAGCUCUUCAUUGUAAGUGUGGAAAAAAAAGGGGGAGGGGGGGAAUGCUGUAUAACACGGAAUGCGUAUGUUUAAAACAGCAGCUAGACAACGUAGGUGUCUCCCACACAAAGUUAACUUGGUUCCAUGGGGAAAAUAAAAGUUCUUUCCAGUACACACCGACCCCGUGAGCAAUUGCUCACACCCUGUGUACAUAAUGUAGUUAGUGCUUGAAGCUACAAAUCAAAUAGAGGCAAAAAGCAACAAGAACAUAUAGAUGUGUAACUGGAGCACUUUCUCUUCCUUCAAUUCUGAUUUUGCAUGUUUCCUUUUCCGAUGGAGAAGCUGUGUAGCAGCCCGCAUGACUGUGGUUGUUCUCAAGGAAGACUUCUGCUGUUCCGCUGUAUUCACGCUGAAGCGCAAAAGCAGUCUGCAUCCGUUAACCCAGUUCAAAAACCUUUUUUUGUAACCGUCAACAGCACAAAUCUUUUGUAUUGUCGUUUGUACCAUUUUUGUACCAAAAACAAAAGAGGAAAAAAAGAAAAAAAAAAAAGGAAGAAAGUCAAUGUUUUCAGUGUGUUUUUAGUGCCACUGCAAUCUUGGUUUCCAAACUGAGUGACGGGUUUGCUGAUUUAUUGUGUAUCAAAGCUGAACUGGUGCACUGACGUCUGGCUUCAGUGUAAUAAAAAUAAAGUCCCCCUUUUGAAUAGUC